AGAUAAAAUUCCGCAAAAUAAUAGGAAAUGACACCGCUGCCGAUAACGGUUAGUUUGGGAAAAUCUUUUUCGCGUCUCUCGCGAAGUAUUCUUUGUGGUUUUCAGCAGCAUUGUUUAUAUUCAAUAACAAAAAUGUCUCAGCAAUCAAAGUGGGAAGUUGAAAAAUCUAGAAUUCUAUCUUUAUCAAUGGAAGAUAAAAGGAAAUUAUAUAAAUCCGACGAUUAUAUUAUUGUUGAUAAAAUUGACCCGUGGUCAACAUACGUCGUUAAAAACAAAGAUAUAGAAAUGAAAAAGCAUACCCAUGAAGAUGUUACUGAAUUCAGAAAGAUUAAAAUAGAUUCCGCUAAAAAUAAAGAAUUAAGCGGGAAAGUGUCUAUAUUCAAAGGUGAUAUAACUAAAUUAGAGGUCGAUGCAAUUGUAAAUGCUGCAAAUUCUCGAUUGAUAGCUGGUGGUGGUGUUGAUGGUGCCAUACACCGCGCUGCUGGGCCAUUACUACAAGCUGAAUGCAAUACACUAGGAGGUUGCCCUACGGGUGAGGCGAGGAUCACGGGUGGUUAUAACCUACCUUGCAAAUAUGUGAUACAUACAGUUGGACCUCAAAAUGGGUCAGCGCCAAACCUGCAAUCUUGUUAUGAGAAGAGCCUCGCCUUCCAAAAUCAAUAUAAUUUAACAUCUAUUGCUUUCCCUUGUAUAUCCACUGGUAUAUAUGGGUUUCCUAAUCGUCUUGCUGCACACAUUGCUUUAAGGACUGCAAGGAAGUUUCUGGAAAAUAAUAAAGAUCUAGAGAGAAUCAUAUUCUGUACCUUUAUGCCCAUUGAUGUAGAUAUCUAUGAAACAUUGAUGCAAUUGUACUUUCCAAUUCACGAAAAAAAUUUGGAAUAAUAUUAACCUUAUAGAAACUUAUUUUAUUUUACAAUGUAAUCUUUUUUUCUCUUU